AUGAAUCCCUCCACGCUGCUCCCCCGCCGCUUUCGCGGGGAGCCGGCUCCGAGCCAAGCUGCUGCCCCCUCGCGCCUGAACAAGAGGCUCACGCCGCUGAUCCAGUUCCUGGCCAAGGUCGCUUGCUCUCAUCCUAUACAUACCAUUGGUGUUAUUGCUCUCCUGGCCAGCACGUCCUAUGUUGGUCUGCUCCAAGAGACUCUGUUUGGUGGCACUGCCAGCGUGAGCAAGGCAGAAUGGACGUCGCUUGCGGAAGGCAGCAGAGACUUGAUAGCUGGUCCCGAGACUGGCUGGAAAUGGCAAAAUGUAGAGCAGAGCACUGGUUCCUUUGACGAGGCUGACCACCUUGCCCUCUUGACGCUUGUCUUCCCCGAGAUCGUCUCUACGGAUGCGGUUGUUGCCGCUCCUCACUCUCAUGCCGUGCCUACUCCUUCAAACCUUUCAAUCACCACCUUGCCCGCCACCAUCAACUCAUUUGCUGCCUAUGCGCGUGACAGCGUUUUGGCUUAUUCUGUUCCCUACGAGCAGGCACCAGAGUUCAUCACUGCUGCUCAAGAGAUUCCUCUCGAGAAUGCUCAGGAGACGGAGACUCAGCAUGGUCGUGAGAAGAAGAUGUGGAUCAUGAAGGCUGCCAAGGUCGAUGCCGGCAACAACCUCGUGCUUUGGGUUCGCGAUUCUUGGUCCAAAUUUCUUGACUUGUUGAAGAAUGCUGGUGGCUUGGACAUUACCAUCAUGGUCCUUGGCUACCUGGCCAUGCACAUCACUUUUGUGUCUCUUUUCCUGUCUAUGCGCCGCCUGGGUUCCAACUUCUGGUUGGGCACAACCACACUCUUCUCUUCUACUUUUGCCUUCCUUUUCGGCUUGGCCGUUACUACUAGCCUUGGUAUUCCCAUCAGCGUUCUCCUUCUCUCCGAGGGUCUUCCUUUUCUGGUUGUUACCAUCGGUUUUGAGAAGAACAUUGUCCUCACCAAGGCUGUGUUGAGCCACGCCAUCGAGCACCGAGCCCAGGAGACCAAGAAGGGAAAACAAGUCAAACAGGAAAACGUCAUCUCGUAUGCCGUUCAAGCUGCCAUCAAGGAAAAAGGCUACGACAUCAUCUGUGACUACGCCAUUGAGAUUUUCGUCCUUGGUCUCGGCGCCGCUUCUGGCGUUCAGGGCGGCCUCCAGCAGUUCUGCUUCCUGGCCGCCUGGAUUCUCUUCUUCGACUGCAUUCUGCUCUUCACAUUCUACACCGCCAUCCUGAGCAUCAAGCUUGUCAUCAACCGCAUCAAGCGACACGUUGAGAUGCGCAUGGCCUUGGAAGCUGAUGGCGUCAGCCGCCGAGUUGCGGAGAAUGCCGCCUCGAGUGCUGACGGGCCCAACUCCAAGGAGGCUUCGCUGUUUGGCAGAAAUGUCAAGAGCAGCAGUGUUCCCAAGUUCAAGGGCCUGAUGGUUUCUGGUUUCGUCUUGGUCAAUCUCAUCAACAUUGUCACCAUUCUAUUCCGCAACGGCGCUUCCUUUUCCAACAUUCGUUCAUUGGUGGGUGGUCUCAGCGGCGUUGUCAGUACGCCUCCCAUCGAUCCGUUCAAGGUCGCUUCCAACGGUCUCGAUGCCAUUUUGGAGAUUGCCAAGGCCAAGGGCUCUGCCGUUCUCGUGAGCAUCAUCACACCCAUCAAGUAUGAGCUUGAGUAUCCUUCGAUUCACUACGCCCUGCCCUCGGCUACUGCCGAGCCAUCUGAGGGCCAGCUCUUUGGCGUCGGAGGUCGCGUUGUGGGAGGUCUCCUCAGCAGCCUGGAGGACCCUGUGCUCUCCAAGUGGAUCGUGGCCGCUCUCGCCCUCAGUGUCGGUCUCAACGGCUACCUCUUCAAUGUGGCCAGAUGGACUAUCAAGGACCCCAACACCCCAGACCACCAAAUCGACCGCAACGAGCUGGCUCGUGCUCAGCGCUUCAACGAUAACCCUACCGUUAACUUGCCUCUUGGCGAAUAUGUGCCCCCCACCCCCCAGCAGACUCAGCCGGCUACUCCUGCCAUUACGGAUGACGAGAGUGACACCGAGGCUCAAGCGAGGCCCAAGGUCGAGGUUGAGAACCGUAGCCUGGCCGUCUUGGAAAAGAUGCUCGCUGAGAAGCGCAUUGCCGAAAUGACAGACGAGGAGGUUGUUGAGCUAUCGAUGCGCGGCAAGAUCCCUGGCUAUGCUCUCGAAAAGACUCUCAAGAACUUCACUCGCGCUGUCAAAGUUCGCCGGACCAUUAUCUCUCGCACCCGGGCUACUUCUGAAAUCACCAGCGUCUUGGAGAACUCCAAGCUGCCCUACAGGCACUAUGACUGGGAGCGUGUGUUUGGAGCUUGCUGUGAAAAUGUCAUCGGUUAUAUGCCCAUCCCCGUCGGCGUUGCUGGUCCUCUUGUGAUCGAUGGACAGAGCUUCUUCAUCCCCAUGGCCACUACUGAAGGCGUUCUUGUCGCCAGUACCAGCCGAGGCUGCAAGGCUAUCAACUCCGGAGGCGGUGCUGUCACUGUUCUGACUGCUGAUGGCAUGACCCGUGGACCUGUCGUUAGCUUCGAGACUCUGGACCGUGCCGGUGCUGCCAAGCUGUGGCUUGACUCUGAAGAGGGUCAGAACACGAUGAAGGCGGCUUUCAACUCGACCAGUCGGUUUGCCCGACUACAGACGAUGAAGACGGCCAUUGCCGGCACCAACCUGUACAUUCGCUUCAAGACCACCACCGGUGAUGCCAUGGGCAUGAACAUGAUCUCCAAGGGCUGCGAAUACGCUCUCAACGUGAUGCAGAACGAGGCCGGUUUUGACGACAUGGUCAUUGUAUCUCUCUCUGGUAACUAUUGCUCGGAUAAGAAGCCUGCCGCCAUCAACUGGAUCGAGGGCCGUGGCAAGAGCGUUGUCGCCGAAGCCAUCAUCCCCGGCGAAGUUGUGCGAAGUGUCCUUAAGACGGAUGUCGAUUCUCUGGUUGAGCUCAACACGUCCAAGAACAUGAUUGGAUCUGCCAUGGCCGGUGCGAUGGGUGGUUUCAACGCCCACGCUGCCAACAUUGUCGCCGCCAUGUACCUCGCCACUGGUCAGGAUCCCGCCCAAGUCGUGGAGAGCGCCAACUGCAUUACCAUCAUGAAGAAUCUCCGCGGCUCUCUCCAAAUCUCCGUCUCCAUGCCCUCUCUGGAAGUUGGCACUCUUGGCGGUGGCACCAUUCUGGACCCUCAAGGCUCCAUGCUGGAGCUGCUCGGUGUUCGAGGAUCUCACCCCACCAACCCUGGCGACAACGCCCGCCGCCUUGCCCGCAUCAUUGCCGCGGCAGUCCUGGCUGGCGAACUGUCCCUCUGCAGUGCCCUUGCUGCCGGCCACCUGGUCAAGGCUCACAUGGCGCAUAACCGAAGCGCUGCACCUUCAGGGGCCCCUUCAAGGGCCAUGACCCCCGCCCCAUCGUCAGUAUCCUUGGCAAUGUCCAACGGAACUGCGCGGAGGUGA